AUGAAUACGAAAAGUGAUAAAAAGUUUGCGGAACAACAGGAAAAACUGCAACAAAUCUUGAACGAUUUACUGAAAGAUGAGGAAAAUAAGUAUUGUGCAGACUGUGAAGCAAAGGGCCCACGAUGGGCGUCAUGGAAUCUCGGCGUUUUCCUUUGCAUCCGCUGUGCUGGGAUUCAUCGAAACCUGGGUGUCCAUAUUUCAAAAGUUAAAUCAGUGAAUCUGGAUACGUGGACAGCUCAACAAGUGCAGUAUAUGCGACUGAUAGGGAACAGUACGGCGAGGGCAGUGUACGAGGCGAAUCUCCCUCCAACUUUCCGGCGCCCAAAAAGCGACAAUCUCGUCGAGUCGUUCAUAAAGUCGAAAUAUGUUCAGAAAUUGUAUAUGAAGAAAGGAUGGGUUCCACCAACAGUAAAUACCGAAGAAGCGGCAAAACAGCUCGAACACGAACUGCAGUCUGAGGCAAAAUCACUGCAGCACUUAAAACAUACCAAAGUAAGGGUGACAAAGAGGGAAGGUGUGUCGAACAAUGCGAUGACAGUGAAAGCCUCGGUCAGCGCAAGUUCUGCGCCGAAUUGCAGCACGCCUGCUGAGGAAGAACUGGCGAGCAUCAAUUUUGGGUACGGGUCAUUCUCGGCGUUUGCUGAUGUCAGUUCGAUUAGGUCUUCUCAGGAUUCAUCGACUGCUCUUGGCUUAAACGUUAUCGAUCUGCAAGCAGAAGGCGACAUCCAGCUCGAAUCCUCCUUGUCCUCCUACGCCAACCCCAGCCAGCAAACGACUCAAAAUUGUUGCAACAUCCGUGCCAAGACUGACACGCAACUCUUGACUCCUGAACCUGUGUCUUCAAACGUCACCAGCUGCCGGAAAAGCAAACAGGACAUAAUGGCGUUGUACCAGCAGGGUAGCAGCGACUUUUCUUCAGGAAGGCCCAUCGACGGCGUACACCCGUCGUUCUUCUCCAAUGCUACCUCCUGUAACUCGUCGAUCGGCAGUACCAGUUUUCAAGCUUUGGCAACCCCCUCGCCGUAUGUGGCGAGCAGCGCUGAUUGCCUGCAUUUCGGUGGCUAUAAUUUCGAUGCCGGCAGCAGCGCCAGUGGUCUCCCACGUUCCGCUUAUUCUACCAGUUGUUUACCGGCGCCACGUUCACAACCAACUCUCACUCGAAACGACAGUUCCUAUGACGAACUGGUAAACAGCAUUCUGAUGAGGAGGAAUUGA